AGCAUUAUUGUUUUCAGGCGCUACUGCAUAUGCGCUGGACCUUUCCUCCUCCCUUGGUAAAAUACACUAUAGGUUUCCAAUAGACUCAUGUGGGAGUGACAUUGUCAUCUGCAGAUCUCCCCCUUAUGUCCUCCAUCAUCUGGAGCUCCCAUGCACCUUGUAUUUCUGGAAGCAUCAUGCAGCACCUCCUAAGCUGAACCAUUGUGGGCAAAGCGCUUGCGGUGGAUGCUGACUUGCGGUGGAUGCUGAUUCGCUUUAUUCCCAUCAAAGAGGUGUCCAGCUAGAAAUCGCAAUGGCCAGCGCAAGGAGCAUCGAGCUGGAGCAUUUCGACGAGAGGAAGACUAAGCAAAGGCAAUCCAGGAGAGGCGGUGGAAGUCAAAGCGGCAGCUCGGUGUCUGGAGCCAGGGGCAAUGGCUUGAUCCCCAGCCCUGCGCAUAGCGCCCACUGUAGCUUCUACCGCACACGUACCCUGCAGGCACUCAGCUCCGAGAGGAAGGCCAAGAAGGUGCGCUUCUACCGCAAUGGGGACCGCUACUUCAAGGGGCUACCCUAUGCCGUUUCCACCGAGCGAUUCAGAUCUUUCGAUGCCCUGCUCAUGGAGCUCACCCGAUCCCUCGCUGACAAUGUCAGCCUCCCCCAAGGGGUGCGAUGCAUCUACACACUGGAUGGCAAUAGGAAGAUCACCAGCCUGGAUGAACUGCAAGAAGGUGAAAGUUAUGUCUGUGCCUCAAAUGAGUCUUUCCGGAAGGUAGACUACAACAGAAAUGCUAAUCCAAACUGGUCUGUGAAUGUAAGGACUGGAUCAGCUCGCUCUCUGUCACAGUUAACCACACUGAAGAAUGAGAUGAAGGAGAGUAAGGACUUUAUCAAACCCAAGCUGGUGACGGUCAUUCGGAGUGGAGUAAAACCACGCAAGGCUGUUCGCAUUCUCCUAAAUAAGAAGACAGCGCACUCCUUCGAGCAAGUCCUAACGGACAUCACAGAUGCUAUAAAGAUGGAUUCAGGGGCUAUCAAGAGACUGUGCACACUAGAUGGAAAGCAGGUUACGUGUCUUCAAGAUUUCUUCAGUGAUGAUGAUGUGUUUAUUGCCUGUGGACCAGAUAAAUACCGAUAUGCACAGGAUGACUUUGUUCUGGAUCAUAGUGAAUGUCGUGUUUUAAAAACAUCAUAUUCCCGCUCUCCAGGACAGUCUGGUUCAAAAAGUCCAUCAGCAUCGCGGCGCAGCAAAUCUCCAGCAACAAUAAGGAGGACUGGCUACUACUCCAGUGCCUAUUCCACAGCAAGGUCCCCAGUAAACGGAACACCAAGCAGCCAGUUAUCCACUCCAAAAUCCACAAAAUCCUCCUGUUCAUCUCCAACCAGUCCAGGAAGUUUCCGUGGCCUGAAGCAGAUGUCCCCUCACUCUGGAUCCAUCUCUAAUGUCAAUGGUCUUCCUGAUGUGAACAGUCCUGAAGGACUGAAUGGAAAUACUACUGCUGAUUCUUCCAUAAUCCUGGAAAAAUAUAAAAUAGGCAAAGUGAUUGGAGAUGGCAACUUUGCAGUUGUAAAGGAAUGUGUUGAAAGGUCAACUGGAAAAGAGUUUGCAUUAAAAAUCAUUGACAAGGCAAAGUGCUGUGGAAAGGAACAUCUGAUUGAGAAUGAGGUCUCAAUACUGCGUCAGGUUAAGCAUCCCAAUAUUAUUAUGCUCAUAGAAGAGAUGGACACAAUAACGGAACUUUAUCUGGUGAUGGAAUUAGUCAAGGGUGGGGACUUGUUUGAUGCAAUCACAUCUUCCACAAAGUAUACAGAACGAGAUGGCAGUGCAAUGGUAUACAACCUUGCUAGUGCGAUGAUGUAUCUUCACAGCCUUAAUAUAGUCCAUCGGGAUAUCAAACCAGAGAAUCUAUUAGUUUGUGAAUAUCCGGACAAAACUAAAUCUUUAAAGCUUGGAGACUUUGGCUUGGCAACUGUAGUGGAUGGUCCCCUGUACACUGUGUGUGGUACACCAACAUAUGUCGCUCCAGAAAUAAUUGCAGAAACCGGGUAUGGAUUGAAAGUUGACAUAUGGGCAGCUGGUGUUAUCACGUAUAUCUUACUGUGUGGAUUCCCACCUUUCCGCAGUGAGAACAACUUACAGGAGGAUCUAUUUGAUCAGAUUCUAAUUGGGAAGCUGGAAUUCCCUUCUCCUUACUGGGAUAACAUCACUGAUUGUGCAAAGGAGCUGAUUAGCUGUAUGCUUCAAGUAAAUGUGGAAGACAGGUGCACAGCAGAGCAGAUCCUCUCCCACCCCUGGGUGUCUGAUGAUGCCUCACAGGGGAAUAACAUGCAGGUGGAAGUAACUGGUAAAUUAAAACAGCAUUUUAACUCGGUGCCUAAGGGGAACAACACCACAGCUGCAGUGUCUGUGAUCAUGAACACAGCUCUUGAUAAGGAAGGACAGAGGUUUUGCGCCAAACGCUGUGAUUACAAUUCUACCACUAGCUUGGAGAAAGCCAGCAUGGUGAAAACAACUGAUGAUCUUCACCAAGUUUUGGAGUCUACAAAACUGCUGUGAUCAAAUCAACCUGCGCCAUAAUGCCAAGUUUGCUGGGCAGUAGAUUGCUUAUCAUGAGGAUUUCAGAUAUCCAAAUCCACUGGGCGAUUCCCACUCUUUGACAUGUUUGAUUUUUGUUUCUAAGACAGAUUGUCUUGCUUCCUUUUACAGAACCUUUUCAUCAGUUUUCAUUACAAACCAUAGAGGACUAAUUAGAUUGUUGGAGUUGGACAAUUCCAUGGUCUUUUUUCGAGACUACUUUCCAUAUCUAAGUAGGGCAGCUUAUAAAAAGCAUUAGACACUUUCAAUAACUUGUUUUACCAUAUGGAGUAGGGUCUACUACUGUCAAAGUCUACUGAUUUGCUAACACGUAUAAGACUUUCUGAAGAGGAUCUGCAGCACAUGCUACGGUCAUCUGUGAAAUGGCAGUACUUUCUUUCAUGUCAUCCAUUUGCAAACCAUUACCCACUAAGGGAGGCAGAUUUAUUUUCACCUAUUUUUGCUCUGUGUUGAUUUUAAAUGAGAAAAAAAAUAUUUUUUUUUCUGCCAA